AUGACACCGUCGUUUUCAGCUCCCAACAAUGUCUGGCCAGCACCUGCACUGAACAAUCCAUCGCCUGCCUCAACACCGCCAUCUGCUUUGGCCUCUUCGAGUUCCGCAGCAUUAGACAUUCCCAUCUAUGCAAAUGCCGCUUAUUAUCCAAAUUGGAGGAUUUACAAGAAACAGCCACCGUCGUCGCUGAGGCUGGGCUUCGUUUCUCACGUGUUUUAUGCUUUUGCUUGGGUCAAAGAAGGUGGAACUGUCUAUCUCAGCGAUGAGUGGGCAGACUCGCAGAUGCCAGUCGAUGGAACAGAGGGCUGUCUCCGGGCCUUUAGUCAGCUCAAACAGCAAUAUCCACAGUUAAAAGUCAUUCUGUCAAUAGGAGGCAGCGGCAAAGGCAGCGAGAACUUUGUAAAGGUCGCCACAAGUCCGGCGGCAGUUGCAAACUUUGCUUAUAGCGCUCGAGCUCUGGUGGAUCAAUUCGGACUGGAUGGGAUUGAUGUUGAUUGGGAGCAUCCCUCGGAUAGCCAGCAAGGCGAGGGUUUUGUCUAUCUGUUAUCACAGCUACGAGACGCCCUACCUAGCCCACGGUAUACGGUGACUUGUGCAUUACCAGCCGGAGAAUGGGCUCUGAAAUACAUCAACCUGGGGGUAGCGCAGCAAUACGUGGACUUGUUCAUGGUUAUGUGUUAUGAUUUCUCCGGACCAUGGCUCGAUCGAACGGGUCAUCAAUCUCAGCUAUACACACCAUCGAAUCCAUACAGUACAGCGGCGGCUAUUUCCUGCCAGUCGGCAGUGACGUAUAUACUGAGUCAAAGUGUCCAAUCGAACAAGAUCCUGAUGGGUAUUCCGGCCUAUGGCCGAUCCUUUGUCGGGGCUGACAACGUCAAUGAGUCGUACUCUGGGGCAGAUGGUGACGAUGGCGUGUUUGAUUACUGCGACCUUCCUCGACCGGGAGGAAAGGAAGUCUACGACGACUCACUCGGCGCAGCAUACAGCGUCGGAGGAUCAGAUGGCGGUUUCGUGUCGUACGACACCCCACAGACGGUGGAACAAAAGGCGAAAUUCGUGACCGACUCUAGACUCGGUGGGUUGUUCUAUUGGCACAUUACGGCAGAUAAACGAGGAGUCAACAGUUUACUAGAAACAGGGUACAACACGCUACACGAUUUGUGA